ACUCCCCCCAUUUUUGAUUGAGCGUGAGAAGCAGGAUCUGUGUUUUGUUUUUCUAGGGCUCUUCUCGCAUUUGUUUGAGGUUUUCGUUGUAAUCCGGUUUGCGGAAUCUCCGGGGCGCCCCUAUUUUAUCCCCCCUUGAGGGCUCUAGGGUUUAUGUUGCAGCAUUGGUUUUCGUGAUCUUGUUUGAUGUGAUUUCCCCGUCGCUUGACUGAGUUAUUGGGGUUCUAGAUAUGGACGGAAGGUGGAUUUCUGUCAGCCCUCGACCUUGCUGUGGUCGCCGGAUUUUGGCUAAGAAACGCCCGCGCGUUGAUGGGUUAGUGAACAGUGUGAAGAAGCUGCAGAGACGAGAGAUAUGCUCCAAGCGUGACCGUGCUUUUAGUAUGAGCAAUACCGAGGAACGUUUCAGGAAUAUACUUCUUCAGGAGGAAUAUGAUACUCAUGAUCCCAAGGGACAUGGUUCCUUAGUACUACCUUUUCUGAAGAAGAGAUCAAAAAUUAUUGAAAUAGUUGCAGCCCGUGAUAUCAUCUUUGCUCUUGCACAUUCUGGUGUUUCUGCAGCUUUUAGCAGAGAGACAAGCCAGAGAAUAUGCUUUCUUAAUGUGAGCCCUGAGGAAGUCAUUCGGAGCUUGUUUUAUAAUAAGAACAAUGAUUCACUUAUUACAGUUUCAGUUUAUGCAUCAGACAGCUUCAGUUCUUUAAAAUGCAGAACCACAAAGAUUGAAUAUAUCCGGAGGGGCAAACCUGAUGCUGGUUAUGCUCUUUUUCAGUCUGAGUCAUUGACGUGGCCAGGGUUUGUGGAGUUUGAUGAUGUAAAUGGAAAAGUUCUCACUUACUCUGCACUGGAUAGUGUAUACAAGGUAUUUGAUUUGAAAAACUACACAUUGUUAUAUUCUAUAACUGAUAAGGAUAUUCAAGAAAUUAAGAUCAGUCCGGGUAUCAUGUUGUUGAUAUUUGAAAAAGCUAUUAGCCAUGUUCCACUCAAGAUUCUAUCGAUAGAGGAUGGCACUGUUCUUAAGGCUUUCAACCAUUUGCUUCAUCGAGAUAAGAAGCUGGACUUCAUAGAGCAGUUCAAUGAAAAGCUUCUUGUGAAGCAAGAGAAUGAAAAUCUUCAGAUUCUUGAUGUUCGUAAUGCUGAGCUAACAGAAGUUAGUAGAAAUGAGUUCAUGACUCCGUCAGCCUUUAUCUUUCUGUAUGAGAAUCAGUUGUUCUUGACAUUUAGAAAUCGGACUGUAGCUGUUUGGAACUUCCGAGGAGAGCUAGUAACUUCAUUUGAGGAUCACCUCCUAUGGCACCCUGAUUGUAACACAAACAACAUUUAUAUCACAAGUGAACAGGAUCUUAUUAUUUCUUACUGCAAGGCCGAGUCUGAUGAUCCAUCAGUGGAAGGAGAUGCUGGUUCAAUCAACAUCAGCAAUAUCUUGACUGGGAAAUGCCUCGCUAAAAUACGUGCAAAUAACAGGAGUCAAGAAGAGUGUAGAAUCAGUGACAGGUUGAAGAAGCGGUUAUAUGCUUUCAGAACUAGGAAUCCAGUAGCAGAUGCUUUGGAAGAUAUCACCGCACUCUUUUAUGAUGAGGAAAGCAAUGAAAUCUUCACUGGUAACAGGCUUGGUUAUGUUCAUGUAUGGUCUAACUGAAGACAAUAUGUUCCAAUAUUUCUUCUGGAUCUGAUGAGUGUUACCCAAAGGUGAUGCAUCAUCAGGCUGGCUGCACCUUUGAUGAAAGAAUUCCGUGGCACUGUAAGUGUUCUUGUAGUUUAUUUGUUUGCUUGAAUUUCUGUAGUUCAUUUUGUUGUUUUUCCCAGUUUUGCCAAAAUUGAUUAUUGAGUGGAACAGAACUGUACUGAUGAGGUUAGAUUUAGUUACAAGUUAGGUUGAAGCAUUUCUGAGAGGGUUUUCCUCCCAGGUUAGA